AUGUCUGAAGUAUCCGGUAAUACAGGUGGCGUUGACCAAUCAUUCGCCCAACACUUGUUGGAGAAGAUAUCAGAGAAUAUUAGUAGUUUGAUAUUGAUGGUCGUGUUGUUGCAGGAGCAGAAUGCUGAUUUACCAAUUGAUGAGAUUACUUUGGUUGCCAAUGCCGCUGCAUCAGUGGCUGAGAUAUCCACAAACUUGGCAUCAGAGGAAUAUCAAGAUUAUCCAGAUUUACAAAAGGAGAUAUUGGAUGCAUCUUCAAAUAUGUUGAGUACCAAACAACAGACAUUGGACUCGAUAAGAGCAUUCCCAAAUGAGCCAAAUAGGAAACGAUCAUGGGAUAACAUCUCGGAACAUUGUCGAAGUAUUGGAAAUGAGACAAUCAAGAUAUUACAUGUUGUAUAUGGUGCAGAGAUGAAGAGAUUGAUCAAGAAUGCAGAUAUUGCCAAACAAGAGGUUGAAUCAAUCAAUAUUGAAGAGAUGGCAAAGAAUCCAGAGGAGUUUGCAAAUCAUUUGUCAGGUUGCAUUGCAAAGAUACUCAAGUUUGCAUCGUUGUUAAAGUUACGCGCUCAGGAUGAACAGGGCGAGUGGUUAAAGAGCGAGUACGUGUCACAGGCACAUCAGAUGGAGCAGACUGGCAACCGAUUGAUUACACAGGUCAAUGAGUUGUUGAUGAUGUCCGACGAGGGCCUCGACCCAAUGUUGGUUGAGCAGUUCAAUCAGACUCUGCUCGAGUUUGCCCAGACCAUCACAUCAUGUAGACAACGAGUAAUUGAGAUGUUUGCCGAUGUCAACAAGUCCAUUGGACUGAUUAGUGUUGUCGCGCCAUCGCCAUCAUCACCAUCAUUGGCGGCAUCUCUACAGAAUGGCGGCAACACAAACAACGCAGCCACAUCAUCAUCACCAUCAACACAACCAUCAACAUCACCAAAGACACAAGACAACAACAAGGACUUUAUACUCGAGGAAUUGUUCCGAGGCACAUCACGAUCAGUUACCGACUUGUUGAGAGCGACGUAUCGCGGUGAGUUCCCGCCCGUACAGGUACUCUCAGCCUCGCUGACAAACAUAUCAUCAGUGCUGACGGCCAAGAUCAGCUCAAUGCCCAACGCAUCGGAGGAUGUAAAGAAGAUGUGCCAGCGACUGGCCAUCACGAUCGCCCGGUUCGUCGGCCAGGCCUCCGAGUACGUCAACUCACCUGAGCAGGGCACACAGAUCAUACCAAAGAUUGGCGACACAGUCGAUGAGAUACAAGAGAUACUGCAGACGCUGCUCGAGACCAUGUCCAGCCGAGAGUCUCAACUGAUGAGCAUCAUUCGCAACAAGCAGGACUACCUGUCCAUCUUGUCCGAGUCGCGCGAGCCCCUUGUCAUCGUCGGCACGCUCAAAAACUUGAAGAAGAAUCACAUUAGGAUGGAGGACAUUGUCCGCGCAUCCGACCCAGCCGACCUCAAUCAGGCCGUGCAACAGAUCGCCACGCUGCUCCCACAGCAGAUCAAUGUGGCCAAGGAGUUCCUGCGCGAUGUGUCCAACCCCGAGACCAGACGACAGCUGUGCGACAUCAACACAGAGAUGCGAGUGCCGUUGGCGCACCUCGUGGCGCUGAUGGAGCCCACGACGAGCAAUGAGGCCAAGGACGCCAUGACCAAGGAGCGAUCGACGUCUAGCAAGAUCAUUGAUGCGGCGCGAAGAGGAGAGGCCAAGCUUGUGGACUCUAUGAUCAGGGAGCUCGAGCAGGUCGUGUCCAACCUCGUCUCGAUCGCCACGUCCGAGACAACUUUCGAUCAGACCAGCAGCAGUUCUGCCGUUGCUGACUGCACAGAGCAAUUGAUCGCGCAGUUGAGCAAGCGAAGGACCAUCGCGACCAACCUUGUCAAGAACCCGACGAACGACCAACUGCAGCGCGAUCUCGAGCAGAUCAAUCAGACGAUCGCAUCUCUAUCGAUGGCGGUGGCCGAGUCGGUCACGUCCAACCUUGGUGUGCUGCUCCACAAGAUAAAGACGGCAGCAGCCGAUGGUCACAACGCAAGAGUCGAGGCAUAUAUGUCAGAGAUAUCAAACAAGACAUCAAUGCCCAUUCACACUGUUAACACACAAGAGUCGAUCAAGAAGGACCCUAUCAUGUCCAAGCUGUUCUCGACACUAGCGGACGACCUGAUGACGUUCGUUGGUAUGUUGUUCCGUGAGUGUCGAUCACUGACCUCUGCCAAGAAUCAAGACACACGUAUGAUUGAGUACCUUGGCGAGCAAGUCCUGCUCAGGUUCAACGACCUACAGCAUCAUCUGAGUCAACACAAGAAGAAGCAGCAGCAACAGCAACAAGCGGCAUCACCCGUGCCUCAGCCUCCCUCACCCACCAAGAGCAGCUCACCAUUGACGAUCGUGGAGAAUGCGAGGGACUCACCUGUGCCAACCCCUGCUGAUCAGCAGGAUGCCUCUGCGUCCGUGGACCUGGUCGAGGAGGAGCCAACAGAGAAGAAGAUCCUCGUGCUCUUUGAUGAGCUGCUGGACAUUCUGAGAAAGAGCGACGUGAACAAGACCAUUGCUACAUUGAAGGAGCUGAUUGGCGAACAGAACAAACUGAUGAGCAAGGCCAAUGACCUCGCCAACAAGAGCUACAGCAAGCACUACAAGGCACAGGUCGAAUCCAGUGUCUACUUAUUCAAGAGCACAAUGUCCCUGGUCAUUGCUGCGGCCGGACGACUUGUCAAGCCUGGAUCGGGCACCGUGCCUGGCGAUGGAAAUGCCGGUAACAACAGUCCAAGACACGAGGAGACACUCAAUAAGUAUGUCAGGACGGUCAAGAAGUCGAUCGUGGAGCUUGGAUACCUGCUCAAGUUCAAUCCACACAUCGAGGUUGUGGCCGCGUACAACUACUUGAGUGGACAGAGCCCCUCGUCCGACCCCAACAUCCAACGCGCACUGUGUCACUUCAAGGAGUUUGCCAUCAACUUUAAGGGCACGCCCAAGGUGACCGACCUGCUGGGCAAGAUCGAUCACUUUGCCCUCUCACCACUCUCCCUCGAGUGCAUGUUUGAGAUCCUGUUGCUUUGUGGAUCGUUCGUGUUGGCGUCAUCCGCGCACCAAGUUCACUGCCGCUACCAUAUACUUAGCUCUUACGAGAUGGAGAAGGACGGCCAGAUCUCGGACGCAAUGCACAACAUCAUCCACCACCAGACCGAGCUGAUCAAGGAGGCACAGUACUACCUGUCAACAGUGUCGGCCAACAAGAUCAAUGCCAACACUCGCAAACUGAUCACAAACAGUCUGCAGACGGCAAAUCAAUCAUUGUCACAGCAGGUAGAGGCAUCCGUGCAGAUGAUGGACAAGAAGCCACGCGAGAUGGCACAGUUGGACAAGCUCAUCACAAUUAUCGAUGUCAUUCGCGAGUCUGUGGACAACUCCGCGAGUGCAGCGUUCAACAGCGCCCAACAGAUCGAUCCCGACAUCCUUAUCAAUCAAUCAAUCGCCGGAUUCAUCCCAUCUCUGUCGCUGUCGACAUCCAAGGCGCUUAACGAUCAGGAGAGCGAAGAGUCAAAGCUGGCGCUGGAGAAACUGGUCGAGCAGAUCACAUCGCCACUCGAGCAGAUCGAACUGAACAUGCUGACCAAGGCGCAGGACAAACUGGACUCGGUCGAGGAGAAGCUGCGCACGAUAAUCACCGAGGAGAAGUCAUUGUUGAGCAGGAUGCUCACAUAUCUUGUCGAGACGGACAAGCCAGGCAUCGUGGACGUGUCCAAGGCCAUGGUCAAGUGCCAUCAGGACCUUGUGGGAAUGGCCGAGUCGACGGCCAAGGACGACACGGUCAAGGACAGCGUGAGAGAGAUAUGUCACGAACUGGCACAGCUCAUUCCCCAGCUUCUACAAUCAAUGAAGUCGGUACUGCAGUCCAAUGAGGCACUGGACCUGGCUGCCUACCAGAAGCCCAUCCACAUCUCCAAUCAAAUCAAACGAAACAUCACAUGCCUGCAAGAGCUGUCGGCUCCAUCCUUUGUGCCAAGGUUGUUGCUACAUAUACUGCGUCAACACAAACAGCUCAGUCAGCCAGAGUCCAAUGAAGCGUCAUUCACAAAGCUGCGGUCGACAGGUCAAUCAAUCGUCGAGGAGGCUCUUCUCACAUAUCUUCCAUUUGUAAUCGAUAGCGAUCGCCAGCAACGUAUACGCGAGGCCAUUGCCAAGUUGGAAGAACAUCUCAAGAACAACAACAACAACGCGUCAUCAUACGAAGAGUACAAACAGGCAUUGGUGGACAGCGCGGAAGCACUGGUCAACGAGCUAUCUAUGACCUCGCUACAACUUUUGGCAUCACAACAGCAGGGCCUUUGCAUGCUGGUCAUAUUAUCAGUGCGUGGCAAUUUCAAACAGUUGGUGGAGACUCAGAGGACGAUCUUGGCGGCACAGCAGAAGCUCAAGAUGCACCUUCAGAAGGACCUUCAAUCGAUCCAGGACCCAUCCAGGAAGCACUUGAUCUUUGUAUCGCUGGGCGAGAUGGAUGUGCUCAUCCCUGAGAUUGUCAAGGUGUCCAAGGAGGUGGUACUGAAUCCACAGGACUACAAGAAGCGCGAGCAACUCGAGCUGCUGUAUACAAAGAUGGAGUCGCCAAUGUCGACCAUCUUCUACCAGAUCAGCCAGAUGCGUGGCAACUUGUUCGACAACAUGGUCAAGAAUCAUCAGUCCGUGCUAAUCAAGCUGGAUGACGCGCUUCGUCUUCUCAAGCGUGCCGACAUUGAGCUGCAUCUCAAGUCGCUGGAAGCUCUCGAGGAGAAGCUCCUCACAUAUCUCGAGGUCGACGAUAUGGCCGCCAUGCGUCCCAAGCUGCAAGCCCAGUACAAGGAUCUGAGUCGACUGAGCAAAGAGUACAUUGUUCACAAGGAGCGCGUCAGUGUCACCCCGGCCAUGGAGAACGAGAAGGACAUGGCAUUGCUCAACCUAUUGUUGACCGUUGGCAGCUUGGUACCAUCACUAUCACACUCUGCCAACUCUGCCACUGGCAACGGCAGCGGAGACAUGGAUCAACACGUCAACAUCAAGAGCAUCAUUCAAUCAGUCAAGUCCAACAACAUACUCAAUCUCUCCAAGAACCCAGAGCGUGUGCAAAAGUUCAUUGCCAUUCAACAGAAUGGACGCACUUCGCCUCUGUCAGUGUCACCCAAGGCUCAGUCACCGGUGUUCCGUCCACGCAGCAUGAUGAUCACGCCCGUUCAAACAAAGGCCAAGCAGCCAAUGCGACUCGAGACAAUCACGCCAAUGGCGCAGAAGCCCAAGCAGCUAGAGGUGUCGAUCAGGAAUGUGGCCAAGCAAGUGGCUGCCUCCAGCGCGGCACUCGAGCAGCUGCCACAGUUGGCGCAGGAGUUGGAAAACUACGCCACACACAUCAAGGCCAACCAACGUCAGAGCAUCGUGCAGAGUGGCAGGACGAUCUCGGCGCUGAUCAACCAGCUCUGCAUGGCAAUUGUAAAUAUAACGAACGACUGCUCUAUCGCUCAGGUGCAGACGCGACUGUAUCAGGUGGCGCAGACACUCAAGACGUUGGGCUGUCAGAUCAAGAUCCUGUCCGGAGUCAAGGCUGUGUCACCAAGUGGUGCGGCAUCCGAGCCAGACUCUGACCUACAACUCACAUCAUUGGUUAACAUGCUUGGCAGUGCAUUGCAAGAAGUCAACUCUUGUAUCAACACGCUGUCAAUAUCAAACAAAUAA